GUUCCCAAUUCUUGUUCUCUCUCUCGCGCGCAAGCUUUGAAGCUGUUUGUUCUCUCUUGCUAGGGUUUUCCGAUGCCAUGAGAGGUGCUCGGCAAAGCCCUAGCCAGUGGAAGCCGAGGCAACGAGGGGAGUGGAGGGGCUUCACGAUUCGCCUCAUCUCUGAUGGGCGCUCAGGGAGACCGCUCACCCAUGGCGCCAUCUGGAAUCUCGUUGCUUCCCUGCCCUCGAAGCCGGAUGAUUUUUGCAUCAACUCCACUGGCUCCGUCGUCUGUGAGCUCUUCUUCUACCAUUGGUGUGGCACCCUCGAUGCUGUUGCUCACCUUUGGUCUCUUCGUCUUGCUGAUGCCCACCGCCUUCUCCCUGUUCUUGAGUCAUCGCUUUCUCUCCCUUCUGAUAAAUUUGAUGUGGAAGCGCGCCUCAAGUCUGUUUUCGCUGCCCAUGCUCGGAAGCUUCUUGAAUCCGAUGCUGUGCUGAAGUGUGAGAAGAAAAUCUUGGAUUUGAAGGCGGAUAUUGCUAAGCUGGUUUCGAGGUUGAAAAGGCGUAAUACUGUCAGGAUUUAUAAUGAAUUGAGGAUGGAGCAGAAGGAUCUUGAAGAGGAGUUGGCGCAGAUGAAGUGUCGGGUUGAGGAAUUUCGUGCGGCGGUGGAAUGUGUUCUGGUUUAUCUUGGAGAGUCUGAGAAUGCAUUGGUUGAGAGGGAGGAGAUGGAUGGUUUGGUUGGAUUGUUUAAGUUUGGUAAGGAGUUUGAUUGGCGCCGGAUUCAUUGUGUUUUGGAGAGGGAGUGCCGAAGGCUGCAGGAUGGGCUGCCAAUAUAUGCAUGGCGGACUGCAAUUCUGAGAACCAUCAAAUUGAAUCAGGUUACCGUAUUGAUUGGGGAGACUGGGUCUGGAAAGAGUACACAGUUGGUUCAGUUUCUUGCUGAUGCAGGAUUAGCUGCCGAUGGCUCAGUGGCAUGUACACAGCCACGAAGAAUUGCUGCCUUGUCUCUAGGCCGUCGGGUUAGAGAUGAGAGCCAUGGGUGUUAUGUGGAUAACUUUGUGACAACUUAUCCCACAUAUGUAUCUUCUCAAGUAUUUGGCUCAAAGGUAAUUUAUAUGACAGAUUAUUGUCUCCUGCAGCAUUGUAUGGGUAAUAUGAGCUUGUCAGGCAUAUCAUGUAUCAUUGUUGAUGAAGCGCAUGAAAGAAGCUUGAACACUGAUCUUCUUUUAGCUUUGGUUAAGAAACAGCUGUUUGAUAGGUCUGAUUUAAGGCUUGUCAUUAUGUCUGCUACAGCUGAUGCAAAUAAGCUUGCAGAGUACUUUUAUGGUUGUUCUGUCGUUAAUGUGAAAGGCAGAAGCUUCCCUGUUGAAAUCAAAUAUAUUCCUGAUGUGAGUUCCGCAACUUCUACUGCCGCUCCUAUCAAUCAUAAGUCUGGUGGAUUUGCUUCGUAUGUUUCUGAUGUUGUUAGGAUGGCUAGAUUUGUUCAUAAAACUGAGGGAGAUGGGGCUAUUCUAGCUUUUUUGACUUCUCAAAUGGAGGUUGAAUGGGCUUGUGAAAAUUUUGUUGAGCCUAUGGUAGUUGUACUGCCAUUGCAUGGUAAACUUUCAUUUGAAGAACAAAAUCGUGUUUUUGAAAGCUACCCAGGAAGAAGAAAGAUAAUUUUUUCGACAAAUGUAGCUGAGACUUCCCUUACUAUUCAUGAUGUUAAAUAUGUAAUUGACUGUGGUAUGGAAAAAGAGAGCAGAUUUGAACCUAGUUCUGGUAUGAAUGUACUUAAAGUUUGCUGGAUCAGCCAAAGUUCUGCUAAUCAGAGAGCUGGCCGUGCUGGUCGAACUGGAGCUGGCAAAUGCUACAGACUUUACUCAGAGAGUGAUUUCCAGUCAAUUCGAAUCCAUCAGGAGCCAGAAAUCUGUAAGGUUCAUCUUGGCAGUGCUGUUUUGAGGAUUCUUGCUCUGGGAAUUCAGAAAGUGCAGGACUUUGACUUUGUUGAUGCACCAAGCACUAUGGCUAUUGAUAAAGCUGUGCAGAAUCUUGUUCAUUUAGAUGCUAUUACCUGUAGGAAUGGUAAAUAUGAACUUACUGAUGUCGGCCGAUAUCUUCUUAAAUUGGGCAUUGCACCACGACUGGGGAAGAUUAUUCUUGAUUGCUUUACGUGUGGAUUGAGGAAAGAGGGUCUGGUUCUUGCUGCUGUAUUAACACAUUCAAGUAAUAUGUUCUGCAGGGUAGGUAAUGAAGAGGAAAAAUAUAGAGCUGACCGUCGGAAGCUGCCAUUCUGCCACCAUUAUGGUGAUCUAUUCACAUUACUUUCUGUUUACAAGAAAUGGGAAGAUGAACAUGAAAGUAAAAAUAAGUGGUGUUGGGAGAACAGCAUUAAUGCAAAAUCCAUGAGAAGAUGCCAAGAUACAGUGCAGGAACUUGAGCGCAGUCUUCGGCAUGAGCUCAAUGUCAUCAUUCCAAGUUACUGGUUGUGGAAUCCAGGUAGAACUUCUAUGUAUGACAAGUCAUUAAAGUGGGUUAUACUUUCAUCGCUUGCAGAAAAUGCAGCCAUGUAUUCUGGAUAUGAUCGACUUGGGUAUGAAGUGGCUUUAACAGGAGAGCAUUUGCAACUUCAUCCAUCAUGUUCAUUGUUAGCCUUUGGCCAGAAGCCAGAUUGGGUAGUAUUUCAUGAAAUUUUAUCAUUGCCAAAUCAAUAUUUGGUAUGUGUAACUGCUGUUGAUCAUGAAUGCUUCCAUAAGAUUCAGCCUCCUUUGUUUGAUAUCUCGCAACUGCGUAACAGAAAAAUGCAGAUGAAUCUAGUCUCUGGAAUCAGUAAUAAUGUUCUGAGAAGAUUAUGUGGUAAACAGACUCUUGAUCUGCAACACAUUGUUUCUCGCCUUCGAAAUCUUUGCAUGGAUAAUCGGAUUAGCAUCGAUGUUGAUUUUGAUAAAGGAGAGCUUCAGUUGUUUGCAUCAGCUAAAGAUAUGGAAAAAGUUUCUUCCACUGUAGGAGCUGCUCUUCUUUUUGAAAAGAAACGGUUAAUGGAUGAGUGCAUAGAGAAAUGUUUAUAUCAUACUGUAACUGGUAAUUCUCCCUCUUUGGCUCUAUUUGGUUCAGGUGCUGAAAUUAAGCAUCUGGAGCUUGAAAACCGAUAUUUAGCAGUUGAAAUAUCACAUGCAAAUGCUCAUGAUUUAGAUGAUAAGGAGCUACUUAUGUUGGCUGACCAAUUAGCUCCUGGAAUAGCUAAUGUUUAUAAGCACAUUGGAAGUGGCCCUGAUAAUGAAGACUUGAGCAAGUGGGGCAAGAUUGUUUUCCUUACUCCUGAAGCUGCUGAAAAUGCUGUAGCAAAGCUCAAUGAGUUAGAAUUUUUGGGGUCCAUGUUAAAAGUUGUACCUGCUAGCACAGGUGAACAUUUGAUAUUACCGUUUCCAGCAGUAAAAGUCAGGCUCUAUUGGCCACGCCGGCCAAGUAAGGGUGUUGCACUUGUUAGUUGUUCACAGGAGAAUGCUGACUUCAUUAUCAAUGACUGUUCUGGAUUGGAGAUUGGUGGAAAGUUUAUCAAUUGUCAGCUCAGCACGAAGCAUAGGAAUUGCAUUUUUGUUACAGGAAUUUCUAAAGAUGUUUCAGAAUCAGAAUUAAGUAAUGCUCUCCAAAGUGCAACAAAAAGGACAAUUAUUGAUGUUCACCUGUUGAGAGGAGCAUCAGUCUGUGAUUUACCAAAUUCUACUUCUGCAAAAGCUCUGACCAAGGAAAUUGCUUCUUUUAUGCCUAAUAAGCAAUUUCAUGCUGAUAGUUUCCGAGUUGAAGUUUUCAACCCUGAAGCAAAGGAUUAUAUGACGAAGGCCUUGAUCACUUUUAACGGAAGUCUACAUUUGGAGGCAGCAAAGGCAUUGGAUCACAUUCAAGGGAAGGUACUUCCAGGUUUUCUCUCUUGGCAGAAGAUAGAGUGCCAGCAGAUGUUUUACAGCACUCUUUCUUGUCCUGGUCGGGUCUAUCAUGCUAUUAAAACAGAACUUGAUUCUUUACUUCUAAACUUCAAGCGUCAUAAAGGUGUGUCAUUUAAGAUGGACCGAACUGAGAGUGGUGCAUUUCGACUAAAAGUUCAUGCUAAGGCCACGAAAGUUGUUGCUGAUUUGAGGAAGCCUCUGGAGCAAUUGAUGAGAGGCAGGACUAUCCAUCAUCCAGGUUUAACUCCGAGCCUAAUGCAGGUGCUUCUCACACGGGAUGGUAUGGGGCUAAUGAAAGCUGUGGAGCGAGAAACUGGGACUUGCAUUCUGUAUGACAGGCAAAAUUUGACUGUGAAGGUGUUUGGUUCUCCAGAACCAGUAAUUGAAGCCGAGGAAAAACUGAUGAACUCACUGCUUUCCUUCAAUGAAAACAAACAACUUGAGAUCCGUCUUCGUGGUGUCAACCUCCCACCUGGAUUAAUGAAAGAGGUGGUUCAAAGGUUUGGAACAGAUCUUCAGGGGCUGAAGGAAAAGAUACCUGGCGUUGAUUUGGUUCUCAACACCCGGCAUCACGCCCUCUCAGUCAGAGGAAGCAAAGAACUGAAAAAGAAAGUAGAAGAUGUAAUUUCUGAAGUGAUUCAGCAUCUGGAUACUGAAGGCCUAAUGAUUGGGCAGCUUUCAGAAGAAUCAGCAUGCCCGAUAUGCUUGUGUGAACUGGAGGAACCAUACAAACUCGAAUCCUGUGGUCAUGUGUUUUGUGAGGCAUGCUUGAUAGACCAGUUCGAGUCUGUGAUAAAGUCCCAUGAUGGUUUCCCAAUUUGCUGCACAAAGGAGGGCUGCAAGGCGCCCAUAUUGCUUGCAGACCUGAGGCAUCUUCUAUCAACCGACAAACUGGAACAGCUGUUCAGAGCUUCUCUGGGUGCAUAUGUCACUGCAAGUCUGGGAACCUAUCGGUUUUGCCCAACUCCAGACUGCCCAUCUGUUUACAGGGUUGCACCCGAGGGGGCUGCUACAGGGUCAUUUGAGUGCCCUGUCUGCUCAAUGGAGACCUGCACCAAGUGCCAUCUUGAGUACCAUCCCUUCAUAUCCUGUGAGACGUAUAUGGAGUUCAAAGAGAACCCUGACCUAUCCUUAGAAGUGUGGCGAAAGGGGAAGGUGGAAGUGAAGGACUGCCCCUCCUGCCAUCACACUAUUGAAAAGAUCGACGGUUGCAACCACAUUGAAUGCCGGUGUGGAAAGCACCUCUGCUGGGUGUGCUUGAAGUGGUUCAGGAGCAGUGGAGGGUGCUAUGACCAUAUCAAUUCUGAACAUCCAACCAUUGUAUGAAUCAAAACAGGCAGCAGCCAAAUGCGAAGCCAACUCCAGCAAUGCCGAUGCACAGGGCUAAAGUCAAGCACCAAGCUGUCAGAG